AUGAAUUCCGUCAGUCUUCCCGAUCCUUGUCUCACAGCUCAGACGAUUCGUACUGGUCCCGUUGACCCAGACGUAGGAGGAAUUGCAGUAGGAGUGUCCAACAUCGCCAUUAAUAUUCUACUUCUUUAUCCCAUUUUGAUUGCAACGGCGUCAAGCAUUGGGAGCGGGAACCUUUCCUUGUUCGAUGCCCAUUACGCGGUCGCCGUUACUGCUUCUCCCAUAACCGUCUACCUCGUCUAUUCUUCAUUUCGAGACCUUUUCCUCGGCCCGAAUACUCUUUUUGAGAAACUUAUGUCGUCUAAGGCCGUUGUGCGGUACCUCGGCCUGAUCCUACCCUUUCUCUGGCUCUUUUUCGCCACAGAUGCGACAUAUUUCAAAAAUACCAAACCUGGCAAAAUAAAUUACAACAUCUCCCAACGUGGAAGCGAAUUUUUCUCACGGUCUGGUAUGUACCAAUGGCAUGUUGCCAGGGGGCUAACAUUCGAUGGUUAUCAAUUCAAUUACGGCCAGGUGACUUCGGUCUUCUCUAUAAUACCGCCCUUCCUUGCUGUCGGCGAAUUGCUUGUCAAGCGAUCGAGCGACAUAUUCGAUUACUUCAAGGGCAUGCCCCAGUAUUUUUGUACUGGUGUCAGAUUUUUACUGACUGGGCGACCGAAUUCCCGGGAACAAGAUCUUUUGGAAACACGGCGCGCUUCAAAUUCUUGGUCACCCCUCCAAUGGUUAGGUGUCCUCGUUGUGUGGCUCUCCGUUUCGGGACUUCAAGCUGCCUGGAUUUUGGGAUUGUAUGUCAAUGGAUACAUGGUGUGCGUCAUCAACAUCCUGGUGUGGACCAGUUACUUCGAGCACUAUAUGAAGAGGACCUUGCAUCUCAUAAUCGUCCUUCCAAUUGCCUUCGCCAUGUGCGCUGGCCCAUUAUUUGCCCCAUUCGCUGGCUUGCCCCUCGCCCAGCAGUACCAAUGGACGCACGUUUGUGACUCCUUCGCCGGAGAAGCAAUCAUCCAAUCACCCUCCCUCGGUUCUUCUCGAAAACCUCUCAUGUCAUUCUAUUACCCCCAAACCCCAGACUCAACCGCCAAAAUCCACUAUUUUGACUACGUUAUGGCAAAUGACCCAAACACAACGAUCCAAACGCUCUCAUUCGCCGGCGCAGUAUCGCAAGGGGUCAUUCCAGCCGACCUCUGGCCAGACAUCCAAUCCGUAUCAAUCGCCUCCCCCGGAAAAAGCAACUCCAUCUCAGCGCAAUGCGCAACGGCAGGCAACUCGUCCAUGGUUCCCGUCCCAUGCAUGACGGGGACUUAUCAAAUAUCGCCGUAUCUUAAUUUCUCACUGCAAGAUUCUGGAAACACCACUUAUCUUCGAGCGGUCGAUGAAGAGUGGCAAUUUGUUGAUGACGCUCCAAGCUUUGUCCUUCGAUACUCCUCGCCAAAUCCACACCAGCCACUGGGAGGCAUAGCUAUCCAGACUGCUGUCACGGAGCGCAACCACUGUGAGGUUCUCAAAGUUUGCCUUGGCUCCAGGAAAUUGGGUUUCGAUAUCCUGGCUCCCCUUGGGGUAGCGUUUAUAUCUCAGAACAACUUCGCCGCCUACUGCACGCAGCCUCGAAUCUAUAACCUUUAA